UAGAGUUGUGGUGUCAGGAGAAUUAUGGUGAACCACGAGCGGCUGAACAUCAACACGGCCACGGAGGAAGAGCUCAUGACCCUGCCCGGGGUCAACCGCCCCGUGGCGCGGAGCAUCGUUGAGUACCGGGACUGCAUCGGGGGCUUCAAGAAGGUGGAGGACCUAGCGCUGGUGAGUGGGAUAGGCGCCACCAAACUGGAGAUUAUUAAAGUGGAGAUCUGCGUGUCGAGUAGGACCAGUUCGUCGCAGCACUCCCCGUCCUCCCUGCGGAGAGACCCGGAGCAUAUGUCCUCCUGCAGCGGCAUGAACAUCAACACCGCCACCCCGCCGCAGCUCAUGAGCAUCCGCGGCAUCACGGAGAAAAUCGCCCGGAACAUUGCCGCCUAUCGGACCCAACACGGUCCGUUCAAGAGCAUCGAGGACCUGGUUCGGGUCGAUCACAUAAACUGCUCCCUACUGGACAAGAUCCGUUUCCAGGUGUUUGUGGAGUGCUCAAGAACUCUGUCCACCAAUACCAAAGGCGGGCUGACCUACACGGGUCGGUCCCAUCCGAGCCCAACCUCGUUCAGCCUCCGGAGCGACGACCUCGACCUCCCGCCGGGAGGACCCACGCAGAUGGUGUCCCUGCGGCCCCGCGUGGCACCGGCCCCGGGCCCGCGGGACGGCCGGGCCAAGGUGCGCCUGGCCACCUGGGACCUUCAGCGCUGCUCCAGUGAAAAGGCCAACAACCCUGGCGUCAAAGAGGUCGUGUGUAUGACCCUACUGGAGAACGAGUGA